UUGGAUGCUUCGGAUGACUUGGAUGAUGAUGAUGAUGCUGAUGAUCAUGAUCACAAUGAAGAGGAUCCGGAGGAUGGUGAGUUUAAUGAUCAUGAUGAUGAUGAUGAUUCAGGAGAUGAUGGGCAAGAUGAUGACGCUGAUGAUGAUGUGGAUGUUGACGAACAUUGGGAUAAUGUUGACGUCAAUGACGGUUUUGAUGAUGAUGAUGUUUUGCAAGAUUCUGAUGCAGAUCAUGAUACUUCGGGUUAUGAUGAUGAUGAUAGUUAA